AUGACAAAUUUCUCAAGCCCAUACGGCUACGCCCUGCGCCGCAACAACACCUGCAACUCGGCCGAAACAGAGUGCGGGCAAACAUGGGAUUCAUGGCAAGCAUGCUGCCCGCGCGGAACAAAAUGCGCCUCCGGAGCCAGCUACUUCGUCUGCUGCCCAAACAAUAAUGAUUGUAUCCAACAGAUCAACAAGGUUGGCCAGCACUGCGCCAAUGAGAAUGCGCUGCUUUAUGAUUCUGUGAGUGCCUUUUGUUGUGUUAGUGGUACGGUUGGGUUCUCGCCGAAUUCAGGUCCUCAUAAGGGGCGUGUUGGUUGUGCUGGUGAUAAAAGGGAUAUUAGUAGUGCUUGGGUUUUGGAUGGUGUUUCUAUGCCUUCGGCUUCUGGCACGGCAACGAGCGCUUUAUCAUCAACUUCUGCUUCGGCUACUGCGGAAGUAACACCUACCUCUUCAUCCGAGACUGGUUCUGACAGCGUAUCUUCUGAUUCGUCUUCAAGUAAUACUGGGGCAAUUGCUGGUGGUGUUGUUGGUGGCGUGGCUGGAGUCGCUAUAUUGAUUGGGUUGAUCUGGCUAUUGCUUCGUCGAAGGAAACAAAACCGGAACAAUAAACAUCCCACAUCUUUUGAAGCUCCUAUACAGGAAGAACUCCGUUAUGCAAAGUCAAGUCAGUUUGGUGGAGAGCUCGAGGGGUCGAGGGCUGCUGUAGUAGGAGGAGAGCUUGAUGGUUCUAAGGAUACGAUGAUAGCUGAAUUGCCGAAUAAUGCUGUGAGCUAUAAAUAG